UGGGCCCAGCUCUCUGCCAUUGGUCGCAUGGCCCCGGAGGGAGGAGGGACAGCGCAGAGCCCAGCGCAGCCUACCGGGUGCCCACUCCCAUCGCGCUCGCCGCUCGUGCGCUCUGCUCUCGCUCCGCGCCCCCGCGAGGUGCACUCCCUAGGAUCGUCGUGGGGCGCACAUCGUCAAGACAGGGCCGCUGCCCCACCCCAGCGCCGGAGUCCAGAUCUGCACAUCAGGUCAUCUGUUCCUACCUGGGGAGUCGCCACAUGCACAUUGACGGCUGGCGGCUGGCGUUUCUCUGUCCUGUAUUCCCUUGAGUCUUCUCGCCUGGCUGCAAAUUCGGAUAAGUUCUUCCCGCUGAACUCUUGGGUUCCCCAGCGGAGCUUUCUUAGCUCCCCCCAAAACCGGUCUCCAUAGACAAGUGAUCCCUGCUGUUGCUGCCUUUGUUUAAAAACCAAGACGGUUUGUUGUGCUGACAUCCCAGCCUGUGAUUGCUGCUGCUGCUGCUGCUGCUGCUGCUGCUGCUGCUGCUGUUGCUGUUGCUGCUGUUGCUGUCAUGAAUGAGCAAUACCAGUUUCGCCACUCUUAAGCCCCGUGUGAACCGUGGACACGGACGCAAACACGGACUGGACGCGGACCAACAUUUGAGCAUUUGAGCGUGCCCUGCUCACACCUCCCCUCUUCGUAGAGAUGUCGGAGGCCGACUCAUCAUCUGGAUUUGCUGGAAGUGUGGAGAAUGGAACUUUCCUGGAGCUGUUUCCCACAUCACUGUCCACGUCGGUGGACUCGUCCUCGGGCCACCUAUCCAACGUCUACAUCUAUGUCUCCAUAUUCCUAAGCCUCCUGGCUUUCCUGCUUCUGCUGCUGAUCAUUGCUCUCCAGAGGCUGAAGAACAUCAUCUCCUCCAGCUCCUCCUACCCGGAGUAUCCUAGUGACGCUGGGAGUUCUUUCACCAACCUAGAAGUGUGUAGUAUCUCCUCUCAGAGGUCGACGUUUUCAAACCUCUCAUCCUGAAGGAAAUAUUCAAAAUGAGAAUGGCUUUGCUUUCUCCGUACUGAAGGUAUUGCUUCAUGAAAGAAAUGAGCAUCAGGACAGACCUGUUUUCCUCCUUCGUUUUCAAAUUUCUUUUCUCCUGAGUAUAUGCUUCAUUUGUGAAGAGAGGAGCCAUGCUGAUGGACAUGCAGGUAAACUUUGAGGCAUGGGAUUCCACACAAAGUUCAUGGGUCACCUGGAGCCUGCUCAGCACUGCGUUGGACACCAUGGACUCAGACUGCAGGGGAGACUGGGAAGAGACACUUCCACUCUGACUCUCUUACAAAAGACCCGGCACUGGAGAGGAGCAGAAACUGGAAAGCCAAGCAGAGACUGUGUAGAAGAUAUUUUCUGUAUUUAAAA